GAUGGAGAACAGCGUUUUUAUUGACAAGAUAACAUCCGAAACAUAAAUCAGUACAAUAUAAUAAUUGUCUGUGUAAAUGAAAGAAAGAGUCCAACAGUGCCGAACAGUAAAAACAGACAGACAAAAGGCGGAACUAGAGAAGAAGAAAACUAGUGAACCUCAAAUGAACCAUCGAUCAAUUCAUAACGACUUUUACACUGAAAAGUCUGGAAUAUGAGCGUUAGGAGCGUCUUAUUGUGAAACGUUGACCGGAAGUAUCUCCGUGUAUUGUCGGUAUCUUCCGGCGGCGGUCGGGUCGGUUCGGUACCAGCUCUCUCCGUUGCUCUCGGUUUAACGGCGGACAAUCCGGAGCUGCAGGAACACGUUCAUGGAAGAAACGUGAGGUUUUACCGGAGACGGACCGGAGGAGGAGGAGGAGAACUUUUCCCGCGGUGUGUUGCCGUGGCAGCGUGAUGCGUUGGGAUGGAGGAGGCGGAGCACAGCCGCUACGUCGCCCAGCUGAAGGCCGAGUUCGACAGCUGCGACACGACGGCCACGGGCUUCCUGGACCGAGACGAGCUGACGGCGCUCUGCGGGAAACUGCAGCUGGACGCUCACCUGCCGCUGCUGCUGGACACGCUGCUGGGAGGACGCGCCUACGCCAGGGUGAACUUUGAGGAGUUUAAAGACGGCUUCGUGGACGUCCUGUCCCGCUCGCUGGACUUCAGCACGUCAGGGGACGACAGCAGCUACCUGGAGCCAGUUGUUCCAGAGGAGGUGAAGCCGAAGUUCGUGAAGGGGACGAAGCGUUACGGACGGCGCUCCCGACCCGACAGCCGGCCCGAUGCUGCUGACUCAGAGGACUCGCCGCCCUCCAGAACCGAGGCCACGGACUCGUCCCCUGCCGGCGUCCGCAGGGCCAAGCUGAUGCGGUCCACGUCUCUGGAGAGCGUUGAGAGCCUGAAGUCUGACGAGGAGGCGGGAAGUCCGAAGCAGAGCGUGCAGCCGGACCUUCAGUCUAAAGGUCCUCAGCAGCAGCAGCAGGAGGAGAUGGGCGAUGCCGUCGCAGGUGGAGGAGCGCGCGAUCACCUGCAGCAGCUCAGCACAGAGGAGCUGGACGAGCUGCUCAGGAAGCUGGACCCGGACCCGGACGGCAGAGUCAGCAUCAGGGACUUCAAGAAGGCUCUGCGUGGCUCCGCCCCCGUCUCCUGCUCCACCCCCGUACGGUCAGCUGACCUGCAGAGGGCGCCGCUCAGGUGCCAGGCUGUGUCCGAGGAGCGCUCGGUUCGCUCCACCUCGCCGUCCCUGCUGAUGGCUACCGUGGGUCAGAGAGUCCUCAGCUGGCUGGACGAGGGCUCAGGAUGCACCAGCCCCGAGCGGGUCGUUGCCCUCUGGACCGAGGAGGGCAUCAGGAACAGCCGGGACAUCCUGCAGGCUCUGGACUUCCCUCUGGAGGAGCGGCUUAGUCUGGCAGACCUGACUCUGGCCCUGGACAACGAGCUGCUGGUCAGCGGGAACGGCAUCCACCAGGCGGCGCUCAUGUCCUACAAGAGCGAGAUCCAGCACCUGCAGGUGGUGGCGGAGCAGGCCUGCAGGGAGCGGGACAAGGUGAAGGUAGACCUGGACCAGGCUGAUCACAGGAACCUGCAGCUGGUCAGAGAGGUGGACGACCGCCACGCCAGCAUGGAGACCCUCAACCAGAGCCGGAUCAGGGACCUGGAGCAGGGCUUCCGUGAUAGGCUGGCGUCUCUGCGCAGUCAGUCGGAGCAGGAGAGCGAGGCGCUGCUGCAUCAGGCGGAGAGCGAGCGCCGCACGCUGCAGGACGAGCUGCAGCUGCUCCGGGCGCAGGAGGCGGAGCUACAGGAGGAGCUUUGCAGCGCCGCACAGGAGAGCCGGCGUCUGGAGGAGGAGCUGAGGGCCGUGAAGCUGAAGCUGACCGACGCAGAGAGAUCGGUGAACAGGCUGCAGAGAGACCUGGACCAGCUGCUGCACCACAAGUUUGGCGGCUUGGACCCGGCGGGCGGCGCUCUGAGUCACGAGGAGCGCUUCUCCGACAUCAUCAGAGAGUACGAGCUGCAGCUGCGGGAGCUGCGGGACAGAAACGAUGAGCUGAGCUCAGAGCUGGAGGCGCUGCAGAGUCAGAGGACCGACAGGAAGUCCAGACGACCUGCAGGGAGCGACACCGACGCCGCUCUGAGCUGGACCCAACAACGGCCCGUCAGCACCGAGUCCGACUCUGACGACUCGGACAUGAAGCGCAGCUCGCCUCCUCUGGUCAGGAAGAAACUGCAGCCGGAAAAUAAAACGGCUCUGAGCUCUCUGGACGGGGCCCCGGGCCCCGCGGUCAGCAUUCAGACGGAGCUGGCUCUGGAGCAGCUGAAGCAGAAGCAGAGCCAGGAGCUACAGCAGCUGCGCAUCCAGCUGGAGACGCAGGUGAACUACUACGAGCGCAGCCUGGACCUGAUGAGGCAGAGCAUGGAGGUGGAGCGCAAAGACAUCUCCCAGGCCUUCAAGGUGGAGAUCAGCGAGCUGGAGGAGCAGAAGGCUCAGGCGGAGCAGCAGGUGCAGCAGCUGAAGGAGACUGUGGACAAACUGCAGCGCCAACAGGGGGGAGGAGCCGGAGGAGCAGGAGGGCGGAGCCACGAGCAGGAGCGCAGAAUGCAGCGGGAGCGCGCGGAGCUGGAGCAGAACUUUGCCCGAGAGAUCAGCAACCUGGUCCAGAGACUGAGCGCCGAGAAGGACCAGCUGGAGGCGGAGCUGAAGCUGAAGCUGGACCAGGAAGUGCUGCUGGUCAGGGAGGAGGCCGAGCAGCAGCGCUCUCAGAUGGAGCUGCAGCACGCCGAAGGCCAGCGCCGCAUCCUGCACCAGCUCCACCGGGAGCGCCGGCGGCUGCAGGAGCAGAGAGCAUUCUGGGAGGACCGGCUGGUCCAGGCGGAGCAAGUGAAGCUGCGGUGUGAAGAGCAGGCCAGGAUCUGCAGCCAGGUCUCCUCAGAGAGGACGAGGACGGAGGAGGAGGUGUCCACUCUGCAUCUGCGGGUCAGCCAAUCAGAGGCCGGCUUAAAGGAGCUGAGGGAGCGCUGCGCUCAGCUGGAGGACGACCUCGCGGCGUCUCGCGGGCGCUGCGCUCAGCUGGAGGACGACCUCGCGGCGUCUCGCGGCCGCAGCGCUCAGCUGGAGGACGACCUCGCGGCGUCUCGCGGGCGCUGCGCUCAGCUGGAGGACGACCUCGACCUCGCGGCGUCUCGCGGGCGCUGCGCUCAGCUGGAGGACGACCUCGCGGCGUCUCGCGGGCGCUGCGCUCAGCUGGAGGACGACCUCGCGGCGUCUCGCGGGCGCUGCGCUCAGCUGGAGGAGAGCGUCGCCUUCCUGGAGUCUCAGGAGGUUUUAAAUAAACGCCUGGUGGAGGAGAAGAGCUCUGCUGAGGAGGAGCUGCAGCUGCUGAAGACCCAGGAGGAGCAGCUCCUGGUCCAGGUGGCCCGGCUGAAGGAGGAGGUGGGAAACCUUCAGGCUGCGUCCGACGGGCUUCUGCAGGACCGGGACGAGGCGGCGGACAGCUGCGGCCGCCUCUCCAGCGCCUUCCUCCAGCAGGAGGUGCAGCUCAGAGCCAGGGAGCAGGAGCUGGAGGGUCUGCGGGAGGCCACCCGGAUCAAGGCUGAGGGUCUCUGCAGACAGACUGCUGAGCUGGACUCGCUGAAGACGGACCGCCACAGGCUGAUCCAGGACCUGAAGGACCAGGCCAUGGCUGUGGACAACCUGCAGCUGGAGCUGGACGGCGUCUCCGAGGAGUUGGACAGGAGGAGGGGCGCCGAGGAGAGUCUGCAGGAGGCUCUGAAGCAGGAGCAGACCAGGACCUCGCAGCUCCGGUCCAGGCUGGACGAGGAGAGGGAGGAGGUCUGUCGUCUGAGCCAGGAGAACGGGAGCUACACCCGGCUGGCCGACCAGCUCUCCACCCAGAUUGUAGAGAUGGAGGAGGAGAUCUCCACGCUCAGAGACCACCUCAGAGAGCUCAGCUCCCAGCUCAACGGGACCGCAGACCUGGUCCUGGAUCUCAGGAGGCAGCUAAACUCCAAAACCAGCGAAGUGGAUCGGCUGCGGGCCGAGGUGGCGGAAGCCAAGGCCUCGUCUGAAAAGCAUCGCAGCGACGCUGAGCAGCUGGACCGGGCCAGAGAGCAGGUCCUCCAGCUGCAGCAGGUCCUGCAGGACUCCCAGAACCAGCUGAGGACGGCUGAGGAGGACUUCCACCAGGAGAAGAGGAAGAUGAUGCAGCAGCUGAUGGAGCUGGAGAAGCUGGUCCUGGCCCUGGAGGAGGAGAUGGACCCGGCCAGCCCACACAGGACUCAGCUGGAGGAGGUCCGGUCAGAGAACGGGGCUCUGCUGGAGCGGGUGAGCCUGCUGCAGCAGGAAGUCCAGAACCUGGAGGACGACGUGGCCAAGAAGAGGAGGAGCCUGGAGGAGAUGGAGAGGGACCACGAGAGGAGCAGGGAGGAGGAGGAGCGGCUGCACAGGGAGAACUCCAGGUACCGGGAGGAGGUUCUGGACCUGAGCAGCAGAAACCUGCAGCUCAGCAACGACAACGCAGAGCUGAGCGCCCGUCUCCGGGGAGACCAGGAGGCGGUCCGGAUGCUGCAGGAGCGCCUGGCGAUGGUCUCCAAGGAGCAGGAGGAGGCGGGAGCAUCGGUGCGGCGGCUGCAGGACGCGGCGCUGCAGCAGCAGAGGGAGACGCUGCAGCAGCAGGCAGCCUGGACGCAGGAGAGACAGCUGCUGCAGAGCGAGCUCGGCUCCUACAAAGACAAGCUUGGCGGCCUGUCGGCGCUGGAGGCGGAGCUCAGCAGCGUGACUCUGAAGCUGCGGUGGUUGGAGGACGACAAGGCCAAGCUGCUGCGAGACGCAGACGACAGAAACAAGAAGGUGGAGAAGCUGCAGCAGGCGGCGCUCUCCCUGGAGUCGGAGGCCGGCCUGCUUCGCUCUCAGCUCAGCGCCGUCGGCCAGGAGAAACUGGGCCACGUCCAGGAAGUGAGCGAGCUGCAGAGGAAGCUGCAGGACGCUCAGCGCAAGGUGGAGGAGCUGGAGACCAGCGUCAGGAAGCUGAUGAGGGAGAAGGAGGAGCUCCGUCAGGUUCUGGAGGAGCAGGAUGAGCAGGCCUCCAUCACUCUGCAGGAGGAGACCCAAAAACUGAGAGUCCAGAACCAGGAGCUCCAACACACAAGUCGACUGCUUGUGUUUUCAGCUGUCGGAGCUACAGGUCCAGGGUCAGGAGGUCCAGAAGCUGACCCAGGAGCAGCAGAACCUGAAGACCAAACUGAGCGAGCUGGAGACGGCCCGGACGCAGGCUCAGGACCAGGUGGCACGGGCCGACACGGCGCUCGGCCUGGUCCAGGCUCAGCACGUGAGGCGGCUGCAGGAGGCGCAGGAGCGAGCGGGGGCCGGCCUCAGGGACCAGGUGCAGCUGCUGCAGGUUCGGCUGCAGGAGGAGCAGAGCAGGAGUCGGCAGCUGGAGGAGGCGCUGAGGCUGCAGGCCCAGCAGGGCAGCACCCAGAUCCACGUCAAGCAGGAGCAGUACGAGAAGGCGCUGUCGGCCCUGCAGCAGAGGCUGGAGGAGCUGGAGACCCGGCUGAAGGGGGUCCGGACGGUCCUGCAGGAGAAGGUCCAGCAGCUCCAAGAGCAGGUGGCGAAGAACACGAAGUCGAGCGCGCUGCUGAAGGACCUGUACGUGGAGAACUCCCAGCUGAUGAAGGCUCUGCAGGUCACCGAGCGGCGCCAGAAGAGCGCCGAGAAGAAGAACUUCCUGUUGGAGGAGAAAGUCCACGCCCUCAACCGGCUGCUGAGAGAGAUCGUCCCCGUGGCGCUCGCCACGUAGCCGCCGCUCUGACAUCAGCAGCAUGAAGGGAACAGAGGGGGGAAACUGUUAGCCUAGCUUAGCACAAAGACUAGAAGCGGGGGGAAACUGUUAGCCUAGCUGGACAUUCUGAGGUUCCAGGUGAGAUCACUGGACAACAUCACCGCACGGACCGCGUGGGAGGGAGGGGCCUGAAGAAGUGCCUGCUGGGAAAAAGAUUUCUCUGCAGACGUCUGAACGUCGAGUUUCCACCAAACUACAUUCAAAUUAUGGUGGAUUUUAAAUCACCAGAAACCAGGUGACUCACAGGGUCGGCGUGGGGGCGUGGCCUGUUGAGUGAUGACUCAUCACCUGAAUAAUAACUUGUAUUCAGCAGGUGAGUGUUUGUCUGCUGCUCACAACGAAGGAAAACCAGUCGCAGCUGUACACACCUGUACUACCUGUGUGUACAGGUAGUACUGGUGUGUACACAGGUGUACUACCUGUACACACAGGCAUGUACAGCUGUACACAGGUGUGUCCAGGCGGCAGCAGCCUUCAGGGUGUUGCGUUACUUUGUUUUCUGUAUUUUAAAUGUAUCUUUGUGCCGUCUGGCGUCUGCAGGCAGCGGCUGUCACAUGUUGUGAGACGCCCUGCUCUGAUUGGCUCUCUACCUGUUCAGGUACUGACGGACGCUGUAACAUGAAGCCACAUUAAAUUAAGUUUUUAUCGCAGUGUGAA